GGGUAACAUUUUCUGUAACGCAACACGGAAGUGACGGCCCGCUUUCGCAGAAAGCGUUGUUUUGCUUAAUCUUCAGCUACUUUUCAGCCAAGAAGACACCUGUUUUACAGUCAAACUUCACUAUGUCUUCAGAUUUUGAAGCCUAUGAACAGGACUUUGGAACCCUGACAGCAGAAAUAACCAACAAAAUUGGAAGGAUUCCCAAAUUAGGUGGAGAGGAGAAGACACAGCUGGUUCUAAAUGUCGACAAACAGCUCGAAGAAGUCAGAGAGUUGAUGGAGCAGAUGGAUCUGGAGGUGCGUGAGCUCCCCAUCCAGAACAGAGGCAUGUACCAGAGCAGACUGAAGAGCUAUAAGGGGGAGAUGGAGAAGCUGGAGAAAGACUUUAAAAGGUCACGUAUCGCCUACAGUGAUGAGGUGCGGAACGAGCUCCUGGGGGAAGACGCUGGCUCCUCUGAGAGUCAGUUGAUCAAGUUACGUGAAGAGAGAGCACAUCUGUUGGACAACACAGAGAAGCUGGAAAGGUCAUCUCGGAGGCUGGACGCAGGCUACCAGAUAGCAGUGGAAACCGAACAAGUGGGCCAAGAGAUCCUGGCUAACCUACACACCGACCGCGAGAAGAUCCAGAGAUCCAGAGAUCGGCUGAGAGAGACAGACGCCAACCUGGGCAAGAGCUCCCGCAUCCUAACCGGCAUGCUGAGAAGAAUCAUCCAGAACAGAGUCCUGGUCUUCGUCCUCGGCGCCAUCAUCCUCAUCACCAUCAUCCUGGCUAUCUAUUUCAAUGUGCGAGGGCACUGAUCUCCCUAAUUCUCUCUCUCUCACACACACACACACACACACACACACACACACACACACCAGGCGUGAUUAAUAGCGACAAAAGCAUUGCUCUGGAGUAAUUAGGACAAAUGGUUCCAAUGAAUCACUUUCCAGGCCAUGACAGGGGUCUCUCUCUCUCUCUCUCUCUCUCUCUCCUCUCUCUCUCUCUCUCUCUCUCUCUCUCUCUCUCUCUCUCUCUCUGUCUCUGUCUCUGUCUCUGUCUCUCUCUGUCUCUCUCUGUCUCUCUCUGUCUCUCUCUGUCUCUCUCUGUCUCUCUCUGUCUCUCUCUGUCUCUCUCUCUGUCUCUCUCUGUCUCUCUCUCUCUGUCUGUCUCUGUCUGUCUUGCCCCCACAGUUUUUGUUCUAUUGUUUUUGAUAUUAUUCAUGGUGUUGUCACUGGACUGUGUUUGAUUGGGAGAUCCAUCUUUUCCCUGGGUAGAGAGAGCCUAUGGGGAAUUCAAAGAGUUUAGAUGUAAAUCCUGCUAGUGUUGUUUAUUCACUACUUCCAUGCUCUAACUUAAGGUGUCCGCAGUCCCUUUUCUGUGUGUGAGUGCUUGCCUAUCUGUACGCAGGGCUUUUCUCUCCCUCUUUGUCAGACCAGCUUUCAAUCCAUCUAGUGUAUUAGGCGCUAGACUCAACUCUGAUUAACAUGGGGGCUUACUACAUGCGUCCAGAGUCACACACAGCCUCCAGGUACAAAGGACAGUUCCUUCAAAUAAAAGGUGGUAGCCCGUCACCUCUUUCCACACGGUUGGGCCCAAAUAUGAGAGAUACAUUCGUAAAUGGAAGACUUAUUCGACUUAUAGAAAACGCAUGAAAAGGUUUGCUUCUGUUUUGACUCGAGGAAGGAGACCCAGUUUGAUUUGUCCGUCCUCUUCACAAUAUUCACUGGUAUCAUUGAUGUUGAGGGAUCUCAACAUUGUCCAGACUCCAUAAUAUUUUGUUCAUACACACAUGACAUUAAUAUAGAAUUGAUUAUAGUAGUCCACAUACUGCACUAACUGGCAAAUCUACAUAAAUGUAAGCAGAGAAAAAAAGGCUUUUAGGUUUUUCAUAUUACCAGUUAUUCUGUUACUAUUUAUUUAUAUACAUUGUUUGAGAAUUGAUGAUUUAUUUUUGUUGAUUGUCAUUAAAUGUACAUUUUAUGGAGUCUAUUGUAAACGUAACCUGACGCAGACCAAUCGUCUUUGGCCAGCGAAUCACAUGACAUGUAUAGUUCGUAUUUCUCCAGGACCAGUUCAAUCAUGGAUUGCUUUGAUUGUGUGUGAAUUCAGACUUAAGUCAUUUUUAAUAUAAAUGAAAUUUCUCUUGUCCUAUCUAAAUAUUUUUGUUUUAUUUCUUCUGUUUUGUCCAGAGUUGUAAUACAUUUUUAUGUCGAGCCUUUAACCCAAACAGCCUCAAGCUGAUAUGUUGUUGCAUGUUUUUACAAACUCCCAAUACUACGUGUGUUUCAGUCCAGUUUGGAAGGGGAAUGCCAUUCUACUGUAGGUGGACAGAGUAAGUUUGUUGUGUUUUAAGUGCAAAAUCCGAGAGGUGCUGCAAAGGGACUGGUUGUGUGUCCUGUCACACAAACAUACUCUCAUUAAAACAUACACAGGUACUCCCCCAUGUCCUCCACCGAAAGACAGACAGACAGACAGACAGAAAGCCGGUGAUCUGCCUGGUUCAGGCCGGACGGCCGCCUGCCUCCAUGCGGCAGCACGAGAGAGAGGCCAUUUGCUAUUCCGUGGGGGGGGUCUUUCUCCGCUACUGCCCCAGCCGCCCGGCGGCUUCAAAGGUUCAAAUUAAUGACCAACAAAAUAGUGUCUCCCCCUCCAUCCCAUGUGGGCCAACCCGUGGCCGAGGUAUCAUUAAGUUGAGGAAUAAUGAAAAAGAGGAUAAGGAGAGGAAACGAGGAGGAGGGGGGAGAAACCCCUGCCAACCUCAUCAGAUAAUCACCUGCGUGAUUUGGUUUUUCCAUCAAAAGGAAAAACAGGGUGAGGUGUGUAUGAGAAUCUAUACCUGGAGGUUGGUGUAUAUGAGCCAAACAACUGAUUAUUGUGUCUGGAGUGCCUACGUGUGCUCGUCCUCUCUCCUCGGUCCCUCCCUCCUUUCUCUCUCCACCCCCACCCGUCCUCCCUCCUUCCCUCACCCCUCUCUUCCUCCCUCUCUCUCUCUCCCAGCCUGUCAGGAUGAGCUGAGUUGUAGCGCUGCCGCAGCCUCCCUUCCACCGUGCAGCGUGGCCGCGGCAGACAGCGUGGCCGCGGCAGACAGCGAGCACGGCUCUAUUUGAAGUUGUAAUGGUGUCAAAAAGUCAGGGCUGACUGACAGCUGUCAGUCCCACAGGGCCUCAUUAAAAACAGACCCACUUGACAAGGAAAUAAUUGAGCGUCGUCGACAACCCUGCCUGGGCUCCGUUUAGAUGUUUGUAUUUUCUUUCAUUAUUAUUUCUGGCUAUUAUGUUCAUUAGGAAAUGGCAUUAAACAACUUUAGAUAGAAGGGGGAGGGCUAAUGAUUUGUUUAGAGGGGGGGUAUUAUUUAACAGGAGGCCUGUCGUAUGAUUCCUUGGCUUGGCAGAUGCCUGGUAUCAUCUGCCAGCACUCUUUUUUUGUCUACUUUCUCUUGUUCUCCUUUUUGUCUGCCCAUCCUUCCUUUUUUUCCAGCCCUCUUAUAUCUCUCCAUCCCUCCUUCCUUCCUUCCCUCUCUCUUUCUCUCUCCUUCUCUCUCUCCGAGCAGCGGGUGCCUUUAAAGUACGAAAUAGAUUAUUCAUUACCCCCUUUCUGUUCUUUGUGACUGAUUUGGUUUUCGACGAGCGUCUUGCCACGGGGAGAAGGAUGAAAACUUGUCAAAAAUAGGUUCUAUCUUAUUCCAAGGGGCAACAAUAGCAGCAGGUACAGACACCUUUUAAUAUUUAAUUAAGCCCAGUGUUAACCCUCAAGUGGCUAGAGGUGUGUGAGUUCCAUACAGACAGGGAGAGAGAGGGGAGGGGAUUUGGGGGGGUGAUUGGUUAUUUGAUGUCUAAAGCCAUUUAAAUGCUUUCGCUUCUCUCCGAUUGCUAGACAGGCUAGUGUUUUAUGUCCCUGUCCAUUGUCAUAUGAUUGUCUGAGGGGCUGGUGAGUUCGUCAUGUCCAAGGCUGAAGAUGCUUUUUAAGGUUUUGGAGGUGUGUCUACCAUUUAGGUUUGGGUCAUUUCUUCUUCCUUAUGCAAGACCCAUGUAGGCGUAUGCCACGUUUGAAAAAUAAAGCAACCGAGAACCUUUCAACCACAGCGCAGGUUAAGCCUACGUCUCCUGGUGUUUAAUACACAAACCAGGGGUCCUCUCAAAAAACAGUAAAAGGGGAGAAUUGUUCCCAGGACGAGUAAACUUCUCGGUGGCGGCUCCUUCCGGUAUAAAAUCCUGCCGUUUGUCAGCCGUUUAGGUGGACAGGAAUUGUAACGGGGAGCGUUUGAGCCGUUGUCCCUCUGAAGGACGCACCUUAAACGGGAUAGGUAAACAACUCCGACAGUGGGAUCGCGAUGGGAGGGCAGACGUUUCAUCUCCCAGAGAGUCUCCGCUGUCAGGGACGCCCGCCCGCAGACCAGCGAGCCGAAGUCCACAAUGACACCGUUUGACAAUAUGGAAGCGUUUGCCUCUGUAUCGACUGUCCAAACAAACGCAGACAAAAAUACAUUACACACAUGCAUCCCUCUCUACUGUCACACGUGCUAGAGCAACCUGUAAACCCCCUUUUAUUCUAUGAUAGUAGAGAGAGGGCUACAGUAUGUUCCUCCUUUUUGUACCAGUCCAAGUAGAAUGGCUUUCUUUUAUCAUCCAACGCUGUUGUUUAUUUUAAUGGUGUUUACACGCACAAAGACAUGACAAUGACCCUAUUCUCUGUGGUAGGUCACAGAGCUACAGCCGUGUAUAGAGCGCCUACCCUUGUGCUUGUGGGCCAAAGAUGGAGCCGGAAAAGUGCAAUGGCGAGUGCAGUUGGUUUGCGUGUUGUGUGUGCAUGUUUCGGUCUGUGUUCGAAAUGUCCAUCAAUAGUGUAAGUCUAGUAUCUUGAUGAUCAGGUCCAAGCAGCUGAACUCAACAUUGUGUUGCUUUUCAUACUUUUUUGGGGGGCUGUUUAGUCCCCCCCCCCCGAGACAUUUUUGUGCUUUCUGUAGAUGUGAAGAACGUUUGUGUUGUCAUUAAAGCAGUAUUGCAUUUCAACGACAAA